AUGCCUAACCAUGAAAAGCCAACCACCACUGAAGGAAAUGAUAGCAGUGAUGUUGACAAAGAAAAAGGCAGCACAGCAGACAAUGAAGAAAAUGUCAAAGAAAUAGAUAAAGAGAGGAAGAAAGCAACACCCAGAACUAGACGGGGGCAUGGCAGAGGAAGAGCCAGACAUGGUGGUGAGGAAGAUGAGGAUGAUGAUGAAGAUGGGCCAAGGAGAGCCGGGCAUCGCAGGCACAGAAACAGGAGAGGACGGGGAAGGGCAUCUGGAAAUGAGGGCAGUGAUUCUGAGGUGGAACCCCGCAAAACCAGGAAGAACCAGGCAAAUCAGAAAUCCAAGGAAGAUGAUGAAGAAGAGGAAGAUGAGAAAGGAUGUAAAAAUGGGAAAGGCAAAAAUGAGAAGAAACAGGAUAAAAAGUCUGAUAAGAAAGGGAAAAAAGAGAAGGCCAACAAGAAGAAAAAGGACAAAAAGAAAUCAGGUUCAGGCUCCGAUUCUGACUCUGAGGAGGAGCCGAUUACAGAGGAGGAAUUGGCCAAGCUGAAAGAAGAGGUAGAAGAAAAAAAGAAGCUAAUUGCCACUCUACGAAACAAGCCAUGGAAGAUGAAAAAGAAGCUGGCUGUCCUGAAGGAAGCCCAGCUUUUUGUUGAAAGGUUUGAAGGUGCACUUGGGAAAGGAAAAGGAAAAAAGUUCUACGUGUACAAAGUGAUGAUGACCAAGAAAUGGAUGAAAUUUCAAAGAGAUUUUGAGAAUUUUAAGACAGCCUGCAUACCCUGGGAAAUGAAAAUUAAGGAGAUCGAAAGUCACUUUGGCUCAUCAGUAGCUUCUUAUUUCAUAUUCUUACGCUGGAUGUACGGAAUAAACAUGAUUCUCUUUGGACUGACCUUUGGACUUGUAAUGGUGCCCGAGGCUUUGAUGGGAAAGCCAUAUGGCUCUUUACCUAGAAAAACUGUCCCAAGAGCUGAAGAAGCAAGUGCUAUGAACUUUGCUACUCUCUGGGAUUUUAGUGGCUUUGCACAGUAUUCUGUGCUCUUUUAUGGUUAUUACAAUAACCAGAGGACAAUUGGAUGGCUAAAGUUCAGGAUGCCUCUUUCCUAUUUCCUUGUUGGAGUUGGGACUAUUGGCUACAGCUUUAUGAUUGUCAUUCGAACAAUGGCAAGAAAUGCAAAUGAAGAUGGUGGUGGGGAUGAUACUAGUUUUAAUUUCAGCUGGAAAAUGUUCACAAGCUGGGACUACCUCAUUGGCAAUCCUGAGACAGCAGAUAAUAAGUUUGCUUCCAUCACAACAAGCUUUAAGGAAGCUAUUGUGGAGGAGCAGGAGAGCCGAAAAGAAGAAAAUAUUCACUUGACUCGAUUCCUGAGGGUUCUUGCUAACUUCUUGGCCCUGUGCACACUUGCUGGGAGCGGCUACCUCAUCUUUUUUGUUGUGAGAAGAUCCCAGAAAUUUGCCCUGGAAGGUCUGGAGAACUACGGGUGGUGGGAAAGAAAUGAAGUGAACAUGGUGAUGUCACUUUUAGGAAUGUUCUGUCCAACACUUUUUGAUGUAAUCAGUUCUCUGGAAAACUACCACCCUCGAAUAGCUCUAAGAUGGCAGCUGGGACGCAUCUUUGCUCUUUUCCUUGGCAAUCUCUACACUUUCAUUAUUGCCCUGAUGGAUGAAAUCAAUCUCAAGUUGGAAGAAGAGAAGAUAGUCAAGUAUAACAUGACAAUAUGGGAAGCCAGUCUAUAUAAUGGUACUAUUCCAGGAAAUUCAACUGCUCCUCCAAUACAGGUGGACCCUGCAGAUGUCCCCAGAGGGCCAUGCUGGGAAACAAUGGUAGGGCAGGAAUUUGUGCGGCUGACAGUCUCUGACAUGAUGACGACAUAUAUCACGAUUCUAAUUGGUGAUUUCUUGAGAGCUGUCUUCGUUAGGUUUUUCAAUUACUGCUGGUGCUGGGACUUAGAGUAUGGAUUUCCAUCAUAUUCAGAGUUUGAUAUAAGUGGGAAUGUGCUGGGACUGAUCUUUAACCAAGGCAUGAUCUGGAUGGGAUCUUUUUAUGCUCCAUGCCUCCCAGCGAUCAACGUCUUCCGCCUCCAUACUUCCAUGUACCUGCAGUGCUGGGCAGUGAUGUGCUGCAAUGUGCCCCAGGAGAGGGUUUUCAAGGCUUCCAGAUCCAACAACUUCUACAUGGCCAUGCUGCUCUUCAUUCUCUUUCUGUCCAUGCUGCCUGCUGUGUACACGAUUGUCUCCAUCCCACCGUCUUUUGACUGUGGUCCUUUCAGUGGGAAAACUAAAAUGUUUGAAGUCAUAUCAGAAACUCUGGAGCACGACUUCCCUUCUUGGUUUGGGAAGGUAUUUGGGUAUGCUUCUAACCCUGGACUCAUCCUACCUUUCGUACUGCUGAUGGUCCUGAGUAUUUAUUAUCUCAAUGCUACAUCUAAGUCCUACAAGGAAGCUAACUUGGAACUUAAAAAGAAGCUACAGAGUCAAGCAGAAGAAAAUAAAAGAAGAAAUAAACAAAAAGCACAAAAAUCAAAUGAACAAGAGGAAAACCCUUUUGAGACAGAACCACCACAGCCAAAGCAAAAAGGAAACAACAAGCAAGAUGAAUGCACUCCAAAUCAAGAUAACAAGAAAGGACAAGGAGACAAUGAAUCAAAGAAGAAGACAAGCCAGCAGCAGGAAGCAAGCUCCUCCCCGUCCCUCCAGCAUCCGGGCCCAGCCCCAAAUGGGCACUUUUCCCCCCAGAGCAGAGGAGGAAACCUUCCUCCCCCACAUGUGGCUGUGACACGGCCUCCGGGGCCCCGAGGGUAUGGAGCACCAGGCUAUCCUCCCGGAAACCCACGCUUCCCAGGGGCACAGCCAGGAGUGCCCAGGGGCCCUCCAAACUACCGAUGAGGAGGCUCUCCUCGGGGAAAAGUGCUCUGUAAUACGAUGAAGGACGCUGAGGGAGAAAAGAGUGGUUUUAACCCCCAAAACACUCCCAUAAGUGCAGAACCCCAUUGCGUUCACUGUGAAUCUUUAUGUGCAUAGAAGUUACUCAUGCUUCAGCAUUUGCAGGAUAGGAGGUUUCAGUGUUCAAGUUCAGUAGGAACCGUUGCAUCUGUCUGCUUGCAUCUGAAGGCAUUGCAAAAAUGUGUUAUCUGUGUCAAUAUGUUCC